GUCGGCAGUUAAAAAAGUGCGUGUGUUUGAUAAUUCGAAAACGAGGAGGAAAAAAACACCAAGUCCUGUCUUCAGAACGGUCCUGGAGGAAAGAAGAUUCGGGAGAACUCGAACUUUGCUCUGCGACGUAAACAAGUGUGUUGCGGAAUGCGCGAAGAAACCGGCUGAAGCUACCUGACAUGACCCAUUCUGAUUGGCUUUGGAAGAGGAUAUUCAUCUGGUUUUGUAUCAUCUAUCAUUUUCAUUUCGCUGGAAUUCAUGGUCGGCACUAUGAAAAAUGUUUAACCCCGGAUGGCCGCGAUGGUAUCUGCGCUGCAAAACGAUACUGCCGUGAAGCCAACCAAUUCCUAGUAGCAUGCGGGGGUGAAAGCAAUGUCUGUUGUCCUAUUCAACCCACCCAUCGAUCUGCGCAAUCCUCGCCAACACACGGAGGGACAACAGAGGUCAAAACAACUAAAGCACCGGUCCGCACAGACAGGCCCAGACAAGAAUCACCUUAUGACAGGAAUCCACCACGAGAAGUAAGCGGUGAUCAAAGACCAAGGAAGCCUAUCCAGACUUCUGGUAGACCAGUAGAUGAAGUAUCUAAUCCCAAAAGGAAUCCACAGACUGAAAAGUAUCCACCAGAGCCACCUUACGAAGACCCCAGAAAGUCAGUAGACGUUUAUGAGAGACCUACGACUAAUAGGGAACGACCUCAGUCACCAAGAAGGCCUAAUUCUGAUCAGGAUCCUUUUCAGACCUCUGGUAGACCAAUAGAUGAGCCAUCUAAGUCCAAAAGUGAUCUACCAGAAUCACCAUAUGAAGAUCCUAGAAAAUCAGUAGACAUUUAUGGGAGACCUGCGACUAACAGGGAACGACCUCAGUCACCAGGUAGGCCUAAUUCUGAACACGAAUCAAAAGUUUAUGAAACUCGGCCUGUACCUGACAGACCUUCUGGUCACAGAUCGACUGAUGUGUCAGAGGACACUGGAAGGAGAUCCCAGCAUGUUCCUGGUCCUAGAAAAGAAAUUCCAUCAGCAAGCCGACCUAGCGAUUUCGACGAGAAAAAGCCAUCCCCACCACGGGAAGUCGAAUACGAACGGGGAUCGAAACCUCGACCUCAGUCCGCCAGACCCAGCCAUCAUCCGCCCAUUGAUGAAAUCGAACCUCAGGUGAGUCCCCCUCGGAGACAGAAACCUCCCAGGUCACUCCCUCCACGGGUGGAACCACCUGUCAAGUUUCCGAAUCCGCGAGAUCUUCCACAACAACUACCUCAAGUUCCAGCCUGUGGCGUCAAACCCUACGACUUGUUCAUUGCUGGGGGCGAAACUUCCGACGAACAUGAGUGGCCUUGGAUGACCGCCAUAUUUCGACGUCAUUCUGGUUCAAAACCUAAAACAUUCCAGUGUGGAGGAUCUCUUAUAAACACAAGAUAUGUGUUAACAGCGGCCCAUUGCUUUGUCGUCAAUAACGUCAUUCUACCAGCUUCGGCCUAUGUUGUCCGUCUGGGAUCUCACUCUCUGAGCAGCGGCGAGGAGUAUGCAGUGUCCAAUCUAGUCCUUCACAAUAACCACAGCGGAUCGGAGUUCUUCAACGACAUCGCACUGGUGCGACUCUCCAGCGAGGUCUACAUCACGGACAAGAUAGCACCCAUCUGCCUGCCCUUCAGGGAAAUGCUGCACGAGAACUUUGUUGGUAGGAUGGCAGUCGUCGCUGGAUGGGGAGACACCUCCUUCCGAUCGGAUGGCACGCGUGUUUUGAAACACGUGUCCGUUCCCAUUGUGUCCAAUGAGGAGUGUGCUGCUGCAUACCGUAGAGUCCGAGGGGCAGUGUUCUUGGCCAGAGGAAGUGACCACGUCAUGUGCGCUGGCCUCAUGGAGGGAGGCAAAGAUGCUUGUCAAGGUGAUUCCGGCGGUCCACUUAUGCUGAAAACACAAGAUGAUCAUUGGACCGUGGUAGGAAUAGUAUCUUUAGGAUACAAAUGCGCAGAGCCUGGCUAUCCUGGAGUAUAUACCAGAGUGACUCAUUACAUGUCCUGGAUUCAUGCGAACAUGAAACCGUAUUGAACAAAUGAUUAUUUUUGUACAUAUAUUUCAGUUUUAAAAACAUUUUACUCUU